GGAGCCGGACGGUAAAGCUCCUCUCCGAGCCGCUUCGGCGCGCAGGGCCGGUGUCGGGACGGACGGACGGACGAGAGGACUGUGUGCCUCGGGACCCGGAUCCCACCCCGCACCGGCCACCCACGACCCUCGAGUGGCGCCCCCGGGACUCUCCGAUCCGUGGCUGCCUGGCCCUCCGACGUGACCCAUCCCUUCCCGGGUGUCCGCGUCCCCCCACGUGCGUCUUCCUGCGGCGGAGCCGGGAGCGGGGGGCACUAUGAACGAAGAGGAGCAGUUUGUAAACAUUGACUUGAACGAUGACAACAUUUGCAGUGUUUGUAAACUGGGAACAGACAAAGAAACACUCUCCUUCUGCCACAUUUGUUUUGAGCUAAACCUCGAGGGAGUACCAAAGUCUAAUCUUUUACAUACCAGAUCAUUGCGGGGCCAUAAAGACUGCUUUGAAAAAUAUCAUUUAAUUGCAAACCAGGAUUGUUCUCGAUCCAAGCUUUCUAAAAGUACGUACGAAGGAGUUAAAACCCUCCUGACUAAGAAGAUAAACUGGAUUGUACAGUAUGCGCAAAAUAAGGAUAUGGAUUUGGAUUCUGAGUGUUCCAAAAAUACCCGACAUCACCUGUUUAAUUUCCGGCAUAAGCCAGAUAAGAAGUUACUUCCUCAGUUUGACUCUCAAGUGCCAAAGUACUCUGUGAAAGGGAUGGCUGGGGACACGGGGGGACUCUCAAGCUAUAAACAAAGAAUUUUGGAGCAGAGGGAAAAUACAGACUUUGGGCUUGCUAUAUUGCAAGACUCGGAUGCACUGUGGCCUCACAACCACAAUCAGGCACAGAAAAAAGAAGAGACGAGCUCUGGUCCAGAGGAUGUCCAGACCCAAAAUCCGCGUUACAGCAGAGAGGAGCUGAAUUCAAUGACUCUUGGUGAAGUAGAACAACUGAAUACAAAGCUCCAACAGCAAAUCCAGGAAGUUUUUGAAGAGUUAACGCAGCAAGUGCAAGAGAAAGACUCUUUGGCGUCUGAGCUCCAUGUCCGCCAUGUUGCUAUCGAGCAGCUUCUCAAGAACUGUUCCAAGUUACCAUGCCUGCAGGUGGGGCGGGCAGGACCGAGGUCACAUCUGCCCAUAAACAACUGAACUAGCUGAACGUAGCGUCUGUGCUUUACCCUCUGGUAGUCUGCCAAGCAUGUGUACCUCAAAUAUGUUUGAAGAAAGUUAUGGUCCAUUUUUAUGGUUGUUGUACUUGCAAAACAAAAGAUAAUAAUUUAUUAUCUUAAUCUAAUAAAGAAAUCACUCUAGUCUAGGGUUAAUCAUUUGGCUUCAUUUGGGGACUUUUUCUUAUAAUCACUAAAUGCCCCUCCCUAACUUUUACCAUGUGUGACUAAAAUAUACUGUUACUGUCUGUUUUUAUUGGACAUUUUCCAUUGUAACUCAGCUGUCAGAACAAUAGAAGCCUAAUUAGGUCUUAUGCUAAAUCUUAACUACCAGAGAUAAUUUUUGAGAAGGAAGUAGAAUUCAUAAUAUCACCUUAUUUAUGAGCAAUAUUUUAAUAUUAAAUUUUAUAUAUAAAAUUGCUAUUUUGGGUAUUUUUCAUUGUCUUUGUAAAUGUGUAUGUGAAUGGCCAUGUGUAUUUGCACUUUCAUGUGUGAAUAUGUUGCCCCUUAGGAAGAUCACUGCAUUUUGGGGAUACAGUGUUUUUAUAACUGCUAUCUUUCGUUCCAAAGAUAAAUGUGUUUGGAUAGUAUUUGGAGAGAGCAGUCUACCUAGCUGAGCUGUCUUAAAUACCAGUAGCAUUUGAAAGUGAGAUUGAUCACGCUCUAAAGCAAAUAUCCAAGGAACUAAAGCACAUUAUUGUUUUCUAAGGGAAGCAGCUCUGGAUUAGCUUAGGAAGGAAAUACUACCCUGCUUCUUGUGUGUCAGUCUCCGGAAAAGCAGAAGCCCACUUCUCUUUUCUCUCUUAACUCUCAUGACUUUCUCUGCUGUGUUUGUUUUGGGGUAGAGUGAAAUCAUCUCUCAGCCCUGAGUCCAUUGUAGCGGUGUAAUUCCUGUCCUCAGACGGUACUUGUCCUGUUUUUUCUUUUUUGGGAGGGAUAAAAUUAUGUGUGCCUCUUCUCAUGAAAUUCCAAAUUAUGCUAGCAAUUAUCACUGAAAUUAGUCAAAAAAAAAGGAAAGAACCUUUCAAAGUUUUAAAAUCUAAAGGGAGAGAAGGUUGUGGGACAAAAAAAAGUCAACACUCAAUAAAAUAAGCCUAUUUUUAAAAAGAUAUUAUAAGCUACUUAGAUUCUAGAUUCUUAACUAAUAAAAGCUGUGACCAUCCAACAUUAAGACAGGCUCUAGGUGGUUUUUAGCUGGUGCUUAGAAUGCGUUUGUGUGGUAGUUCUAAGGAAAGACAGCCCAUUAACUUGGCAGCUGCAGGCAUCAAGAUGACUUCUGCCUUGGUGUUGACAGUCUGUCUGGGCAAGGGCCAGACUUCAAUGUCAAACACAAAUAGUAUUUUAUUUGACUAAUCAAAAAGAAAUACUUCUUGUAGCAAAGCCACCUUUUCCUAAUGCUAAGAUGUACUAAAUUGGCCUGGGUCUGUGCCUUAGUUGGUACCCCAUUGUUUCUGCAUCUUCCUGAAUAAAACUGAACUUUGAAGCUUUCUGGAGGGAAUUUUUGAAAACUAUACUGUUUUGUUUCAGUGUUUUGAGUCAUCCAAAAUGAAUUUAAACUCUGGAGAGUGGAGAUGAAUGCAUUGCCUUAGUUUUGAUAAGCUUUACAGUGAAUGUGUGCAAUAUGGAAGUAUCUACAUUUACAAGCCGAGGAAAGAUGUGUCCUGAUUAUGCCAGGAAGUAUUUUAGUGCUUCGUUGUUAUGGUUACAUUUUCAAGUCUGACUGUUCUCCUGCUUGGCAUAACUCAUUAAGAGUAUCAGCAGCCAGCAUAUUGCACACAUUUGGGCUUCUGUCUUGAUGGUGUAAAGGCAGUCAGGGCAGUCAUGGGAGGCUAGGAUUCUUAGUAUUUGGUGUGUGCAGUACUUAGUGUUUCCAUCAUAGGAGACAUAUGGUGCAGUCCUAAAUACCAGUGUUAUCCAAAGAAAACGUUUGCUGAACUCUUUGGAGAGUUUUCUGGCAAACAUUUAGUUUACAAAGGAGUUUUGACUGAUUGAGAUUUUCCCACGUACCAACUCAUUUCAUUCAGAUAUUUCACCUGAAAUGUCACAGAAUGGUGCUCCUGAGUCUAUAUCUGGUGCUGGUAGUGACACUAGUACUCAUCCCUGUGAAUUUUGUUGGAGUAUAGUAUUUCAUAUUGUUUACCUACCAGUUACUUGUAGUUGGUUGUGUUGUUGCUGGUUGUUUGUUUGUUUUGAGACAGGGUCAUGCUACGUAGCUUUGGCUGGCCUAGAAUUUUCUAAGUAGGCCAGGCUGGCCUGGUGUUGGUGGCAUUUCUCCUGACUCAGGAAGAGAUACAGUGCUGUGAUUCAGGUAUACAUCCUACACCUCGCUUCACAUGCUUUCCUGAUUGAAUAUGCAAUUAUUGUAUAAGCAUAAAUAAAGUUGAGAACGGAGUCGAGUUACAAUUUAGGGAGCUAUGAUCUAUCACAAUGGUUUCUAUAUUUGGUUCUUUCUAAAUAGUUGUCAGUAUGUUUUGAGAAAGUUCAGAAGAAACUCACAUGAUUUCACUGUUUAAAAAUAACAGGAGACAGAGUAAUAGUGAAGCCUUAUGUUUCAGAGCUUCUGGGAGUGAGGAGUGAGGUAAAACUUUGUCAUAGUAGAUUUCAUAGUUAAACAAGAUAAAGAGUUUUAAAAUCAGAAGUCAAAUGUGAUUUUAGCCUUUUGUCUUUAAAGACUGGUGUUUUUAUGUGCCUGAUGUACAUCAGGCCCUGGGUUUAAUUCCCGUUACCUUAGUAAAUACACAGGGUUUGGUUUGGGUUUUAUUAUGUUGUCCAGGCUGGCCUCAAGCUUACCAUCACUCUUACUGCUUUAGCCUUCUGAAUGCCAAGGUUCAACAUACACUGCCAUUGUCCCACCUUGUAACAUUUCUCUUUAGAUUAUAGACUUAUCCUUUGACUCUAGUAUUAGUUUCUGAAUUACUUAGGUGGAAAAGGCAUUCAGUUGAGACACCGUGGUGGUAAGCCCAAGCAGUCGCUUUGUCUCAUAGUGGGAUUCUUGGAUACAGUAUUGGUUUCUAAGCUAUAUGUUCAUUUCACCAUAAAGUGCCCAUUUUUAUAAACACUUGAGGAUUAUUUCUCAAAAUGUGUUCAUGUUGGCAAGGGAUUUCAGAAAUAUAUUCUGUUGCUAUGUGGUAGGUAGUGUAUGAUUCCUUGGUUUUGUAUUGUAUCAUAUCUGCUAUUGAAAAUGGCUUUUACCUUUUUCGAUUGUCUGUAUAAUGCUUAUCUUGGUGUUUACACUUCGGAGACCUGUUAGGUUUCUGUUAAUUUUUAGACUAAUUAUUCUGAUCCAUUUGUAUUAAUGUUUACCACUUUGAGUUUUAUUUUCUUUCUUUUCAGGAGAAACCUGCUUUCCUUGUUAACAUUGUAUGUAGCACGAAACAGGUGUGCUCAAACUUAAGUAGGAAUCUUAAAGGUUUAUGUAGCUUUUUAAAGGAUUCAGAUUUGUGACCAUGAAAAGUAAUUACAUGUACAUGAAAUACUUUAAAGGUAGACUAUAUUGUUACUUUAACUUUCUUUUUUUACCUUUUUGCCAGUUCAUUUACUGACAAAUGUUACUAUUGGUCCAUGCUAAAGCAAGAUAUGUGACUAUUUUAAAAGUUCAUGAGUAUAAAAACUUGCCCUCUAUUACCACUUUAAAGCAGAGACUUGAUUUGAUUUUGGGCUGAUUCCAUUUUUACCUUGACCAGAUUUUUUUUUUUUUUGAGGAAAUUCGGUUUAAAAAAAAAAUCACUGAAGGACAGAGCCCUGAAUAAAUGCCCUUGCCACGUUACUCUUUGUGGUGAUGGGCACAGAGGGUUUAUGGGCUGGAAUAAUAGGACUCUGUGAGGAAAAGGGAGUUCACACUGGGCUGAGAAGAACGUGACUUGGCCUUGCAUUUCAUGUCAUUCACCUGCAUCAGCCCUCACCUCCGCAACCUCAGGCUGCAUCUGCCUUGAUGUGAAUGGGAUCAUGUGGGUCUGGAACGUCAGGGUUUUUAACGCUUGGUUUAUAAAUCAUACCUUACCUUCACCAUUAUUUUUAGUUAGAAGGAGUCUCUGUUAUAAUUACUUGGUAAUUUUUCUGGAAUUUCAAGUUUACCAACGUGAAGCAAAAGUGUCAUAGAGAUGUAUUUAUUCAAAGUGCACCAGCUACAUUUGCUUCGGGAGGGUAGUUGGUUUUGUUUUGGUGUUAUGGUGGUGUUUUACUUUUCCCCAUCCUACUGCUUCCAAAAGAGGUGGUUUAAAGAGUAUUUAGUAGUGAUUGUGUGUGUGUGUGUGUGUGUGUGUGUGUGUAGAGAGAGAGAGAGAGAGAGAGAGAGAGAGAGAGAGAGAGAGAGAGAGAGGUUGCUUUAAACCUGACUAGCAUAUGCUGUAGUCAUUGAACUUAAUCUCUGCUGUUAGAAGUUUAUUUUAAACUAUUGUGCUGACAUUUAGAAAAUGGAAAUGAAACUGCUGUGGUUAAAACUAAGCUUGUUUCAAAAACAUUUAUUUAGUCAUCUGGGUUGUUACAUGCAAUAAUUUAUAUAUUUGUAUUCUGCUUUGAAACUGUAACUAGAUAAGCUUGUCUACUAUUUUUAACUUUACAAAAAUAAAACAUAUUUUGUUAUCUA